AUUGAAGUCAAUUUUCCCAUAGUUGCAGUCGUCUCUGUUGCUUCUCCACCUAAUGUGAACACGGUCGAACCACAAAAACGUCGCCAGGCGCUAAUGAGUUUGUCCACACGGAAAUUUCCGGGCCGUUGGGGUAAAGUUGUCAAACAAAAUUUCAAACUGCAGCACUUGGUCGUCUUCACUAGCAAGUCUAUCCGGAAUGUGUAUAGAAACUAGCUAACUGAAAGCUCUACGCUUCUCAAACGCAAUCAAUGCAGAGUGGCAGAGAUGAUUAUAUAGCAGAGAAACUUCCUUCAAGAAACGCGUGGGAUCAAGUUGAAUUGUGGCUCAUGGGAAGUUGGGAACGUUAACGUUAUACCUAAACCAUCGGAUAUCGACAAAACUUACAGAUCAUGGACGAUAUAGCCCAUCCUCCAGUCCGUCUACAAGCCACCUCAUCAAUCCCAAUCUCCUCCAGACAGGCUCUCACUCGCAUCAAUAAUUUUCUCGACGAUUUUCAAGCUCGUAGUACACCCUCCAAGGGUAGUGAUACCUCAAUCACUGCCCAACUUCAGAAGCUGAGUAAAGCGCUUGAGCAGGAGUGCAUCCGACAAUCAAAAUGAUCAUGUCACGAGAUUUCGGACCAGUGUGUGGGAGUCGGUCGAAAAGUACCAGCCUUAGCCUCACGUAUACUAGAAGGAAAUAUUGAAGCACGCUGCGAGACUAUGGAUCAAAUUCAGUUUUCCAUGCGUAUAGCAUGCACUCACGUCCCGC